CACGCCAUUCUCCAUUCCGCCUCCCCCUCUUUCUUUCUUUCUUACUUGCCUUUGACAAACCAUGAAUUUCGCUCCGUACCAAGACGAAUCGCCCGAGGUUGAGCGAGCCUUCUCCCCCUCGCUAGGCGACCCUCAUCGCGCCAAAUCGCCCACCGUCGGGUCCCCGCGCGGUUCGCCCCCGAUCCCCGGUUUCACGCCAAACGCCCUUCCCUCUCCCACUCAUUUCGCCGGAGGACAGAUCGCAACCAGCGGGCAUGGGAACACUGGCUUCGGUGGGGAUGUAGAAGGGGGACGCUGGAACUUGGGGGCCUUCGAGACGAGUCUCCCCAUCCGUAUGGACUUCGAAGCCAUGCUGGCAUAUCUGCUUCUUCCUCCGGCCGGGGGCGUCUUUCUUCUCCUGGUAGAACACAAGAGCGACUAUGUACGCUUCCACGCUUGGCAGUCGAGUAUGCUAUUCACAAUGAUGUUUAUCAUCCAUUUAAUAUUCUCAUGGUCGAGCUUUCUGUCAUGGACAUUGCUCAUCUGCGACUUGGCCCUCAUUGGCUUUCUCAGCCUGCGGGCCUACCGAGAUGUUGACACACUCGAUCACUACGAGGUCCCCAUCUUCGGACGCCUAGCCAACUCUUUUGUGGAUGAUGAAUAGUCGCGUCUCUGUCCGUGCAUCUUCUUCGGCGCAUUUCGUGCGUUGUUGAGAUAUAAGGUCUGAAUGGCCUUAUAUCCAUUUUUGCCUAAUAAAGCGGGCCUUUACCAGGCGGAGAGAUUUUCAGAAUCGGUAAUCUUUGAAGGGUCUGUGUUUUGCUAAUACAUAUCGGCUCAUAAUAAUUCUUGUUGAAGUCACCUCUGGAACCAGUCCAAGCAUGCGGGUUGCCUUUUCGAUGUCACUGUUCUUAGCAAUUUUGUUUUGAUCAUAUUCUGCGUCGUGUUCGAUUCAGCUAUCUGGUUGAUGUAUAUACACAGUGUAUUCUACAAAUCCUGAACUCUGUACUAAUUCAAGACCAAUCACACCUGCC